AUGGUUGCGGUGGGUGGUGUGUCGGAUGUUGAGAAUGGCAAUCGCACCAACACCACAAAUAUGUUCCGAUAUCUUGAUAAGUCAAUUACCUUGAUGCGCACAAGUCAUGAACAUUGUGACGUGGAUCCACCUCCCGACGGUGGAUUCCAUGCCUGGAGCCAAAUUAUCUGGGCACACUUCACAGUCUGCAACACUUGGGGAUACAUUACCGCGUUCGGCGUAUUCCAGACAUACUACAGCCAGGCGCUAGACGAGACUCCGUCAACAAUCUCCUGGAUUGGAAGCAUUCAAUGCUUUUUACUCUUUUCUGUUGGUGUCUUUUCCGGCCGUGCUUCCGAUGCAGGAUACUUCAAAGCAGUAUGGGGCCUGGGAGCAUUCCUGAAUGUGCUCGGGAUUUUCAUGGCUUCUUUGUCUAGAACUUACUGGCAACUGUUCCUGUCACAAGGGCUGUGUCUGGGCUUAGGAAGUGGACUGAUGUUUACCCCGAUGCUAUCCUUAGUCGCCACGUAUUUUUCACGAAAUCGCUCGUUGGCUGUUGGAAUGGCUGCGGCUGGUUCCAGUACCGGUGGUCUUAUAUUCCCGGCUAUCGUCAAACAAUUGCUUCCCCGGAUCGGAUUUGCAUGGACCAUGCGGACUCUGGGGUUCUUGACUUUGGCAAUGCUGCUUCCGUCGUUGAUAUUUUUCAAGCAGAGGGUGCCUCCACGCCAAGGUGGGCCACUUGUGGAAUGGACUGCCUUCAAAGACCCAUCAUACCUGCUUUUCAGUAUCGGAAUGUUUCUAAAUUUCUGGGGACUGUAUGUCGCGUUCUUCUAUGUUGGCAGUUUUGCCAGGAAUAUAAUCGGCAUCAACAGCUCUGAUUCUAUCAACUUGGUGAUGAUCAUGAACGGUGUCGGUUUUCCAGCCCGGAUUAUCCCAAACAUUUGGGCAGACCGAUAUACCGGGCCAGUCAAUUUGCUCAUUCCUGUGGCGCUCCUUUCAUCGAUCGCUCUAUUCAGUUGGAUUAGCGUGACCGGGAUUGGCGGGUUAUAUGUUUUUUCACUGUUUUAUGGAAUAUUCUCUGCCAGCAUGCAGUCCUUGUUCCCGGCUAGCCUGACGUCCUUGACAGUCGACUUGAAGAAGGUUGGAGUCAGGACAGGCAUGGUUUUAACGAUUCUCAGUUUUGCCGCGCUCACAGGUGCGCCUAUUGCUGGUGCAUUGAUACAGCUUGGUGAUGGUGACUAUUUGUAUGCUCAAUGCUUUGCUGCAGCUAGCAUGUUGGCUGGGAGUUUGCUGGUCAUCGUGGCGCGGGUCUGCAAAACGGGGUUCGAGUUUAAAGCCAGGAUGUAA